CUCGCCGCGGCGGAGGGAGAUGCGGGAGGAGGUGAGGAGCUCGUCGGGGGCGGCGGCCGAGCCGCCCCCCACGCCAGUCGCCAGUUCUGCAGGACCCUCAUCACCUGCUAUGCAAGCUAAUGUUGCCAGCAUAGAUUGGUCGGGUAGUAGACAAGCUUCCAGAGUUGAUUCCUCAUCACAUGUUGCUCCGCAUGCCCACCAGCCUUCGCAUAGUUUCGAUGCCACUGGAACUGCUUUGGAUUCUGCACCAUCAUGUAGGCCAUGGGAACGUGGAGACUUGCUUCGUCGACUGGCCACAUAUAAGCCUACAACUUGGGCUUCUAAGCCAAAGGCUGCUAGUUCUCUGGCUUGUGCUCGGAGAGGUUGGGUGAAUGUUGACAUGGACAAAAUUGAAUGCGAGUCAUGUGGUGCGCAUCUCAUAUUCAGUACGUUGACAUCCUGGUCCCCAGCUGAAGUUUCAAACGCUGGAGAAGCCUUUGCCGAGCAACUUGAUGCAUCACACCAUAACAGCUGUCCAUGGAGAGGCAAUAGCUGUGCUGACAGCUUAGUGCAGCUCCACUUAACACAAUCAGCCCUUAUUGGGGGUUUUAAAGAUCGAUGUGAUGGACUUCUGCAGUUUACUUCCCUUCCAGUAAUUGCUUCAUCAGCAAUUGAGAAUAUGAGGCUGACCAGGAGUACACAAAUUGAACGCUUAUUAUCCCAAUCAAUUGCCUUUUUAUCUGGAGAGCUGAGUUACAAAGCAGAGAGCACACCAGGAAUUGAUAUCCAGCAAGAUGCCUCUUGUAGCUACUCAAAAGCUAGGAAGCUUAUAAGCCUUUGUGGAUGGGAGCCUAGGUGGCUUCCAAAUGUCCAAGACUGUGAAGAAAAUUCAACCCACUCAGCUAAAAAUGCAGACUCUGUUGAACCAUUUUUUCCCCGUUUUUCUGAACACCAAAAAAAUUCAUUCUCUGCAUCAGCCAGAAAAGAUAAAGGAAAAGGCAAAAGACCACUCAAAGACUCUGGAUGUAGCAUGAGAUCACCUUUGUUAGACUGUAGCUUUUGUGGCUCUACAGUCAAGAUCUGGGACUUCAGAUCUGUGCCACGUCCUUGUCAUUUUAGUCCAAAUAACAUUGAUGCACCUGAAACAGGCAAGAAACUAGCACUGACACGUGGAAUUAGUGCGGCCAGUGGGAUCAAUGAGUGGGUUACUGAUGGGAUGGAAAGAGAUCCUGCUGAAGGGCAUGAUGAAGAAGCAACAAAUGAGGGAAAAUCAUUAUCGAAUGCUGGAGUGGACCUGAAUCUGACAAUGGCUGGAGGAUUGCCAUCAAUUCAAUCUUCUAUACCAAUUGCAUCCGAGCGUUUUAAUGGAGGAUUGGGAAGGGAUCUAAUGAUUGGACAACCUUCUGGAAGUGAAGUUGGUGAUCAUGCAACGUCAUAUGAGUCGCGAGGUCCAAGCUCAAGGAAGCGCAACCAUGAGGAAGGUGGGAGCACAGUUGACAAGCCACAGGACAGGCUUCAGCAUGCUGAUAGCAUAGAAGGAAGUGUGAUCGAUCGUGAUGGUGAGGAAGUUGAUGAUGCUGCGCAAGAUUCGGACAUCCCGAAUAAGAGAUCACGUGGGUUUGAUCUUUUUGGUUCCUAUCUUCCAUCUUCUUCUGGAGCUGGUCCCAGUAGAAACUUAUGCUUUGACCCUGAUGUGGAUGUUGGCAAAUUCAGUCACGCUAGAGCUGCAGGUCUAACCGCUGUUGAGAGAGAUUCUAUGAGGGAAUCUUCUGUAGCUGCAAUGGAUACUGUUCAUAGUGGUGAUGAAGAUUCCAUGGAGAGCGUUGAAUACUAUCCAGGUGAUGGUAAUGAUAUUGAUAUGCCCUCAUCUAGUGCGCACAGAAAUAUUGAAAUGGAUGAUGUCUUGGAUCUCAACUAUAGUAACCAAGCACAGCAAAGUGCAUGUAUACAGCCUGCUUCUGGAAGUGAUGCAAGGGAAAUAGGAGGAAGCAGUACAAAUGAAGGGGAGGAAGUCCUUGAUGCAGUAACAGCCCCUGCUUUUGCAAGGGAUCAACUUAGCAUAGGAAUUAGUGGUGGGAGUGUUGGUAUGGGUGCUAGCCAUGAAGCUGAAAUUCAUGGAAUUGAUGUUUCUGUGCAAAGGGCUGAGAGUGUUGUAGGCGAUGCAGAACCUAAUACUGAGCUAACAGAGACGAUGGGUCAUACUGGUGAAUCAGUUCCCGGACCUGGCCUAAUGGACGAGUUUGUGCCUGACGAAGUUGAUCGACAAGAACCUCAUGGAGACAGCCAAGAUAUGGUGUCUCAGUCAGUGGGCCAAGCUGAUAGUGGUUCAAAAAUUUAUGGUUCCACUAAAGCUGAUUCUGUGGAGAGUGGAGAAAAGAUAGGAGGGCAUGCUGUUGGUCAUGCAAGCAGGAUGAAUCCUUCUCUUUCUUGCAAUGCAGGGAUGCAUACCGGUUUUGAUGUAUCUAAAGAGGAAGUGACACAAGCUGGCAAAGUAUUGAUUACUGAUGAUGUGCCAAUGGGGUUAGAUUAUGACCUUCAGAAUGGAUUAGGAGCAACAAAUGGUGAAAAUGAUUUUGAAUCAGGACUUCCGGAAUUUGAUCCUGUUAAGCAUCACGACAGUUACUGUCCAUGGGUAAAUGGAACAGUGGCAGCAGCUUGUUGUAGCAAUACUGAAUCAAGCUCAAGUACUUCACCACUUUCUGGCUGGCAAUUAACAGUUGAUGCACUCGACACAUUCCAGUCUCUUGGUCAAGCUCAAAAUCAUGCUAUGCGAUCUGAUUCUGCAGCCUCAUUAUACAUGGAUGAUCAAGUAACUCCUAACCACAAGCUAGCAAGGAGGGCAUCAGUAAGCAGAAGCCAUGGGAAAUGCUGAUUUCAGGACCUUCCACACAGGCUUUGCCUUUUCACCCAAAAUGUAUCAAAAAAGGAAAAAAGGAAAAA